AUGAUUUUACCAGUCAAGAAAAAGUUGAUGUUAAUUAAACCUCCAUUUGGUAAACCUGGAAGAGACUCAAGAUUACUCAAGAUUACUCAAGAGUCUCUAUACUCUCCAGAGAUGAGUUCAACUGUCAUAAGAUCUGCUGCUGCUAGAGUGGGGAGAGAAAACCAGGUCUAUUCACCAAUAACUGGAGCCAGGUUAGUUGCUGGAUGCAUCUGCUUAACACAGGAUAAGAAGCAAGUACUAAUGAUAACCUCUUCAGCUCAUAAGAAGAAGUGGAUAUUCCCUAAAGGUGGUGUUGAGAAAGAUGAACCUGAUUAUAAGAUAACUGCAGAACGUGAGACAUGGGAAGAAGCUGGUUGCGUAGGGAAGAUAACCAAAGAAUUAGGUACAAUUGAAGAUAUGAGACCACCAAAAGAAUGGAACAAAGACAUUAAGGCAUUUGAAAAUGCCAAAUCUGAUAUGGAAGUGGCUAGCCAUCCUCCAAGAUCUGAGUUCCAUUUCUAUGAACUUGAAAUAAGGGAGUUAAUUGAAGAAUACCCUGAGUGUGGUAAAAGAAAGAGAAAGUUGUUCAAUUAUGGAGAAGCAAAGGAGAACUUACUCAUUGCUAAAAGACCUGAACUCCUAGAAGCUUUGGAUCGAUCUAGCAUAGUGAGAAAUUGA